CCCCAUCAAUACACACACAGACACAGGAUCCAACAGCUUGCCGAACCAAAGGAAAUAAAAGAUGCUUGGAACUAUUCUAGGAGGUUGGUCUGGGGAAACCAAGAAACCAUCUGGAUCCUCUCCCCAAAGACCUUGACGUGUCAGCCAAACGUGCGAAUCCUGGACCUAGCGAAACCCAAGAAGAGCUUUCAGAGGAAACUCCAGCACAGGCCCCUCUGUCCAUUUGGCUGUAGUCAAGGAUCCCAGGUCUGGGCGCGCCCUUCAAACAUUUACGAUCGCAUGCCGUCUGAACGGAUACUACAUUUAGCAGAACCUAAGCAGUACUCAUCGAUCUACCUGGAACAGAGGCCAAGAAGCUCUCCGUUGUGGACCGUCAGCCCGUCGGCGUUGUCUUGUAAAGCUUCCCAGCGGCUUUUGGACCUGUCGCAGCCGAGAUCCCUAAGUCCGUCCUGCCUUCUUCCGAAAGAGUACAAAAGACCAGUUUCCCAGGCUGCCCUGAUCGCCACAGCAUCCCCAAGGACGCAUCAUCUGGCCCAGCCCAUAAUCAAGAAGAGCAACCCCUGCUACGAAAACCGAUACAUGGAGGCUCCAAUCCGAAAAGUGAACCCUGCUGCCCUUCAAGCACUCGCAACUAUAAGAGUAACGGAACUGGCGAGACCGAAAGCGCUGCCCUCCGCGAGUGCCCCUGACCGCAGUGCACAGUGGCCCGUUUCCCGGGCAGCGUUGAAAGCAGUGGCUUCGCCAAGAAUCGGAGCACUUGCUUAUCGUCCCGGAAGGGCCUCCACCAACUUUGUACAAUUCAACCCGGAAGCCUUUGUGGUGAAGGACGCUGCUAAGAAGGCGUACUGUACAGAUCGGCUCAAAAAGCUAGCCGAACCAAUUAUGCGCUGA